AUGGGAUCAACAAUUAUAAAAUCCUCCAUUCUAACACUGAUAUCUUAAUUUUUUGAUAACCAUGUUAUAGAGGAUUGGUUAAGAGAUUUUGCAUAAAAAUAAUCAGCAAUUUGCGUGUUGAUGAUACUUUAGAGAUCAAUAUUAUUACACUAUAAAUUUAUCGUUUUUAUAAAUUUCUAAUUUUUUAUAUAUUAGCUAAGAUAAUUCAUAUUUAAAUAAAAUAAUGUAGAUUUGAAAUGUUUUUGUGAUAGAUUUGAUUUUUCUUUUGGGAAGGUAUGAAUAAAGUUAAUUUAAUAGGAGCACAAAACUAAAAAUUUAAUAAAGAAUUGUAAUUAAUUAAAAUAGUAGAAAGAAGUGAAGAUGGAGGAGAAUGCAGAAGUAUCAUCUCAAAAUGGUUCGCCUAAUAAAAUCGGAAUCCAAAAAAAGCAAAAAAAGAAAAACGAAUAUGAUUAUCAUCGAAAGAAAAGAAGGGGCUCUGAUGGUAUAAGUAAUAAGAAAUCUGGCCAAAAGUUUUCACUAGAAGAAGAUAAACGUAUUUUAUAGUUAGUACUUAACAAUGGACCUAAAUUUUAGAAGAUUCAUAGGCACUUUCACGGAAAAACAUUGGCUAUGGUGAAAAAUCGAUAUUAUAAAUAUUUGCGCUUUCGAUGGGAAAUUUUAGGAUAGUACUAUAUCAUUAAUUUAGAAAUUACAAACAUUUAAAUGUUCCAUAGGAAUAAUUGGAAACCUUGUGUGAGCAACAGAAAAAUGUUAGUAAUAUGUUGAGUGCAGAAAAAGAUGAUCUCAUAUCUCAAAUCACAUCACGAACAACAUUACUCCAGAAUGCUCGAAUGUUUGUUGAAUAUUUGGUUGAAUAAUUAUUAUGA